AAAAUGCAGCUGAGUAUUAUAGUAUUGCUCUUGUGCUCGGUGGUUGUUGCAAAUUCACUUGCCCCAAGUCAACUGGCAUCGAAAACCCCAUCACCCAAUGUAAGCAAGGAUCAGCCGUCAUCCAGGGAGGAGAAACCCAGUUUGAAACCGUGCAAACCCAUCGAGACUGUGAGUUCAGAGCCAAAAGGACUAGGCAAUACUCCUAAAGUCGGUUCAAUUACUCCGGAAUCAGCUAAAACGUCUGGCACAACCGUGGAUAAAAGUCUGGAUGAUUGCGAACCCAUUCCCGAGGGUAUUGGAUCUCGAUUGAAUGCGAGAACUCUUCAAACACUGGUUAUAAAAAAUAAUAAUAACCCUCUUUUUAAUUGAGUAAAACAUGAAAAUCAUUAAAUAACAUUUAUGUAAGCUUACUUCAAUAAUAAAUUAGUACAAAGAAAAUCGUAAAUCAUACCAAGAAAACUUCUAAGUGAUUGAUU